AUGCCCUCCGUCAAGAACCCCAACACGGUCUCGCGCAACCGCCAGAUCGCGCACGCGGCCAAGGCCAGGAAGCAGGCGGCCCAGCACCUCGCAUCGUCCAAGCUGCCGUCGCGCGUCGCAAAGGCGGACGCCAGGCGCGGCGCCCGCGCGGGCCUUCUCCCCACCAGCGGGCCCAACGCGGCCCUCAGCAAGAAGAAGCAGCGCAAGGUCGAGAAGCAGCUGGCUCACGCGAUGCGGAGGAAGGCCGAGGCAGAGGCUGCUAGGGAGGUGGAGAUGCAGGGUAUGUUGCUCCCUUUCUUUUGUCCCCCCCCCCCUUUUUUUUUCUUUGGCUUUUGA